CUUCUCUCUCUCCCUUCUAGUAACAAGUACAGUUUGUCACUCAGUUUGGCCGUCCGUCUUUUCUUCAUCCCAACGAGAUGUUGGCUACUACUCCUUCUUCUCCGAUCGCUAAUCAUCUCUUUUGUAAAUCCAUCCGUUGGCCGUCGUCCCUUGUUUCUUCUUCUUCUUCUGCCUCCAACUUCCCAGUGACCAAUAAAAGUUUUCAAGCGUUCCUCUCAAUUUCAUCAUCAUGUGAUAACCAUUGUACGCUACUCCAGAAUACUUCUGCAAGUAUUAGGUAUUUCUCCUCUCGCGCCUCUGUCAGGGACGCGAUCUCUUCGCUGGGAGAGAGAUUGUUGGAUUGGGCUGAAGACCUUGAAGCUGAUGAUGAUGGUGAACACGAGCGAGAGAAUAUCCUACAAUUAUAUGCAGUCGUCGAGGUACUUUGCAUUAAGCCGGAACCAGAUUUCUCAUCCCCAUGGGAAAGGGAACAACAAGUGUCUUAUGGUACUGGGUUAAUUGUGAGUGGGAGAAGAGUGUUAACUACAGCUCGUUCAGUCGAUCACCACACACUAGUGACACUCAAGAAACGCAACUGUGAUACACGGUAUAAUGCUACAAUGCUUGCUAUAGCACCUGAGUGUGACCUUGCAAUGCUAGCAGUCCAUGAUGAUGAAUUCUGGAAAGGAGUAAAGCCAGUGGAAUUUGGGGAUAUGCCAUCUCCCGGGGAGAAAGUGAUUAUUACUGGCUAUCGAAAUGAUAGCUAUGAUUUGUCUCUGAUGACUGCUCGUGUGUCGAGAUUGGGCAUGACACGCAAUUCGUUUUGGGGCAACAAACUUCUGGCUUUUCAGGUCAAGGUAGCCAGGAAUGGAGCAAUUUGUGAUGGACCAGUUUUUGAUGAAAUAGGCAAAUGCGUAGGAAUGGAAUUUCAGUCCGAAGGCAACAGAAGUGAUGUUAUGCCUGUGGAAGUUAUUAAGCACUUCAUUCAAGACUAUGACAAGAAUGGAGCAUAUACUGGAUUGCCACUACUCGGCAUCAAGUGGCAAAAGAUGGAAAGUCCUUAUUUACGUGAGUUGAUGAAGAUGGAACAUGAUCAACAAGGUGUCCUUGUUACAGAAGUCAAGCCUAACUACCCAGCAUCUGUGAUUGUAAAACCAUACGAUGUUAUUCUCAGUAUUGAUGGGAUUAACAUUAAUAAUGAUGGAACGGUUCCAUUUUUAAGAGGACGGCGAAUAGAAUUCAGUUAUCUUAUUGGUAAAAAAUAUAAUGGCGAUAAGAUUGUUAUUAAAGUGCGCCGAGGGUCAGAUAUACAUGAAUUCAUCACAGAAUUCGCAACACACAAACAAUUUAUCCGAGCCAACAUAAAUGGGAGGCCUCUUCGGUAUUACAUUAUUGGAGGAUUUGUUUUCACAACUCUUUCUAUUCCAUAUAUUCAAUUUAUGGAUGGUAGGUACGAUUAUAAGACACCAGACGAAGAUGAGCUUUUCUCCCAAGCUUUGUACGAAGAUCGUGUUGUGCUAUGUCAGGUUCUUAAAGAUGACAUUAAUGCUGGGUGUGACACAGAGCGCUUAGUGCAGAAUCAGGUUCUUGUCACUUUUAAUAAUAAGCCUGUUGAGGGGCUAAAGAGCUUGGUCAGUAUGGUAAAGAUUUGUAAUGAGGAAUUCCUGAAGUUCUCUUUUGGAAACCACAAGACUCUGGUGUUGCCGACAAAUAUUGCAAAAUCAAGAAAUCCGAAUAUCCUUAAAGCACAUUCCGUAAGUUGUGCUAUGUCUGAUGAUCUGAAAGAAUUAGUGAAGCUACCUCGAGGCAAAUAAAGUUCUAUAUAUUUACUUGGGUUUACAUUGUUUUUGUGUUAGUCAGAUUUUUGGUUUUUAUUGUUUUUGUGUUAGUCAGAUUUUUUGUUAAAUAUUGUUCAAGUCUUUUCCCCUUUUUAAGUCGAAAAGGAAUAGAGUUUUUUAGGUACUAACCGUUGCACUGCUUAA